GUAUGACCAUCUCACUUGCUCCAAAACCAAAAAAUAAGAACUGCAAACUCCUGCUCUUGUCUGUAUCCUUCACACAGUUUUCAAUCUCUCUCUCGAAUUUCUCCAAAUGUUCCGCAGUUGAAACCUUCAAUUACAAUCCCCAAUCCUUUCAAUACCACACAAGGAAGAGAAGAUGUACACCAUGUCUACAAACUCUAUCAAUGGAGCAACAGACCAGGAAUCUCUCACACUUCCUCUUCUCAGCUCUCAUCGUUCCCUCGCCAACUCCACCUCGCAGGUUGCUCUCGUCGGCGCCAAUGUCUGUCCUAUCGAAAGCCUCGACUACGAGAUUGCGGAGAAUGAUUUCUUCAAGCAAGAUUGGAGGACCCGUGGAAAGAUCCAGAUUUUUCAAUACUUGUUCAUGAAGUGGUCGCUUUGCUUCUUGGUUGGGGUUAUUGUUAGCCUUGUUGGGUUUUUUAAUAAUAUUGCUGUUGAGAAUAUUGCUGGUGUUAAGUUUGUCAUCACUUCCAAUAUGAUGCUCUACAAUAGGUAUGGGAUGGCAUUUCUUGUAUUCUUGGUCUCAAAUUUUGUCCUUACCCUGUUUGCAUCCAUAAUUACGGCUUUUGUAGCUCCGGCUGCUACUGGGUCAGGUAUACCAGAAGUGAAAGCUUAUUUGAAUGGUGUGGAUGCACCUGGAAUUCUUUCGUUGCGAACUUUGGUUGUCAAGAUUAUUGGAAGCAUUUCUGCGGUCUCAGCAUCUCUUCUUAUUGGAAAGGCAGGGCCCAUGGUGCAUACUGGUGCAUGUGUUGCGUCAUUUUUGGGUCAAGGUGGGUCUAAGAAAUAUAGAUUAACAGGGAAAUGGCUACGGUUUUUCAAAAAUGACCGAGAUCGGCGAGAUCUAGUAACAUGUGGAUCAGCUGCUGGAAUUGCUGCUGCCUUUCGUGCCCCAGUUGGUGGUGUGCUGUUUGCUCUUGAAGAAAUGGCAUCUUGGUGGAGAAGUGCCCUUCUGUGGAGAGCUUUCUUUACAACAGCUGUAGUUGCAAUAGUGCUUCGGGCUUUAAUUGAUCUAUGUUUGAGUGGCAAAUGUGGGCUAUUUGGUAAAGGGGGGCUCAUAAUGUUCGAUGCCUAUUCAGCAAGUGUUACAUAUCAUCUCAUUGAUGUGCCACCGGUGCUUCUCCUUGGAGUUAUAGGGGGAAUAUUGGGAAGUUUGUAUAAUUUUCUUCUAGAUAAUGUUCUUCGGAUUUACAACCUGAUUAAUGAGAAAGGCAUUGUUUACAGAAUUUUUCUUGCUUGUACGGUCUCUAUAUUCACAUCCUGUCUUCUUUUUGGAUUACCUUUUCUGGCUUCAUGCCAACCUUGUCCAGCUGAUGCAUCAGAAGCCUGUCCAACAAUAGGCCGGUCUGGCAACUACAAGAAAUUUCAAUGCCAACCUGGUCAUUACAAUGAUCUUGCCAGCCUCAUUUUUAACACAAAUGAUGAUGCUAUUAGAAACCUUUUCAGCAGGAACACCGAUACUGAGUUUCAAUAUUCAUCAAUUCUCAUAUUUUUUGGGACAUGCUUUUUUCUUAGUAUCUUUAGCUAUGGGAUUGUUGUACCUGCGGGUCUUUUUGUACCAGUUAUUGUGACAGGUGCAUCUUAUGGACGUUUUGUAGGAAUGCUAGUUGGUUCAAAAUCUACUCUUAACCAUGGCCUCUAUGCUGUUCUGGGUGCUGCUUCAUUUCUUGGUGGAUCUAUGAGGACGACUGUUUCUUUAUGUGUUAUUAUCCUAGAAUUGACCAAUAAUUUGUUGCUACUACCCCUGAUAAUGUUGGUUCUUCUUGUUUCCAAGACUAUGGCUGAUGCUUUUAACUGUAACAUAUAUGACCUUAUCAUGAGAGCAAAGGGUUUUCCUUACCUAGAAACACAUGCUGAGCCUUACAUGAGGCAGCUGACAGUUGGUGAUGUAGUCACAGGUCCACUUCAUCUGUUUCAUGGCUUUGAGAAGGUUGGUAAUAUAGUACAUGUUCUCCAGACAACAAGGCAUAAUGGGUUUCCUGUAAUUGAUGAGCCUCCAUUUUCUGAAUCUCCAGUUCUCUGCGGACUAAUCCUCCGUGCUCAUCUUAUUGAAUUGCUAAAGAAGAAAGUUUUUUCAUCCACUUCAGUGCCAAUACAUGCUGAUGCCUUUAAUCAAUUCUCUGCUACUGACUUUGCAAAGAGAGGCUCAGGCAAUGGUGACAAUAUAGAAGAUAUAGAAAUUACAGAAGAAGAGAUGGAGAUGUACUUAGAUUUGCAUCCUUUCACUAAUGCAUCACCUUAUACUGUUGUGGAGACAAUGUCACUAGCUAAGGCUCGUGAUCUAUUCCGAGAUGUUGGUUUGAGGCAUCUGCUUGUGAUACCCAAGAUCUCUAGUAGAUCUCCUGUUGUGGGUAUAUUGACGAGGCAUGACUUCAUGCCAGAACAUAUACUGGGUUUGCAUCCUUUGCUUGUCAGGAGCAAGUGGAAAAGAUUAAGAAUCCGGCUACCACAAAUACUUAAAAUUUUAUAGGGCGCCUUGCAAGAGGAUUGAAACCAUUUCCUGACCAGGAGCAGGCGUAAAGGAACGAAUCCGGCCACCUUGGGCAUCUCAGUCAGCCGCAAUGGGGGCUGCUCUUGUUGUAGUUGUACAUUCUCCUAUUUGAGCAGUUGAGCUCCUUAACACAAUAUUUUUUAAGGAUUAAGGACAUUGUUAUCGAGGUUGUUUAUGCAAAACCAACCAGAAUCAAGAUCAGGUAAACACAAUCAUGUUUAUCAUCUAGCAGUUCUUUUUUUAUUUUUGUUAAUUAACAAGACUAGUCAUUUGCCCCAUGUUAUGUGGGUCUUUUAAAUUUUAUAAAUUAUUAUUUUAUAAAAUUACAAACUACCAUUUUAUUUUCUUAGUA